CUAUAUAAGAGCGUGCAGAUGAGGAGGGGACCACGAAGAAGCAGGAGAGAAGAACGAUAACAAUCAACGCAAAGCAAGAUCCCUCUCUUAAACAAUCUCCUCAAAGAAGCACAGGCAGCUCAAACAAUGAAAAGUGCUCAGUCUCUUGCUGGACUUCUGCUCCUUAUCAUCAUUCAAAGCAGCUGGCAGGUGCCUGACCAGGACACAGACCGAACACCGCUGUUGCUGAGUGAAAACUCAAUUUUCACUGAUCCCAUCCAGUUCCCAAACAUGAAGAGGCACUCAGAGGGAACAUUUUCCAAUGACUACAGCAAAUACCUGGAGACAAGAAGAGCACAAGACUUUGUCCAGUGGCUGAAAAAUUCAAAAAGGAAUGGGAGCUUAUUCAGACGCCAUGCAGACGGUACCUACACCAGCGACGUGAGCUCCUACCUGCAGGACCAGGCAGCCAAAGAGUUUAUUUCCUGGCUGAAGACCGGCCGAGGCAGAAGAGACUAAACUCCUCAAACUGUUGUUGUUCUUGAAAAACGAUGCACCUAUUUUUCACUGAUUCUGUGCAAUUACAUCUGUCACAACCUGUACUACACUUUCUCCUGGUAACGCGAUUAAAUUCCUCUUCACAAGAAGCCUUAUCGGCCUUCAGUGGUUGAGGGAGAUGCUUUUAGAAACAUUUAAAAACACAUAAGUGACUAAAUAUGGUUGGAAAUUGUAUGGGGCAUUAACUGAUUACAUAUUUGAUCAUUUCUUAUUCACUUAAAAUUAUGUUGCUGGUCCAACCUUCACAUCUAGUAUUAAUCUACCUUUUCUUGCAGUUUUCAGUUAAGAAAUGUGUACAAGUUUCAUCUUUAACGUGUUAAAUCAAAAGGAGUAGCAGAGGAUACAUGAUGUUUUUUACACAGGUCCCUCUUUUUAAGAUCCUUUAAAAAAAGAAUCCAAUAAAAUUCAAUUCAAAUGCUG